AUGGCAUUGGAUGAGAUCAGCGCUGCCGCGAAGCAUGCGCUUCAUGAGUUCAAUCAUACGAGAUCCGCGAGCAUGAACAACGUGAUCGGUGGGAUGGAGACGAUCGGGGAUCUGGUGGUGGAUGUUUGCGAUGACCAUGUUUACUUGAGCGCGGAGUCGCUGGAGGAGCUCGAAUCGUCUGGAAGGCAGAAAUUCAGCGAGGUCGCUCAGUUGCCCUCGCAUCUGUUCGGCAUCCGAGACGUGAGCUUCUUCAAGCACCGCGCCAUGGACAGCUCUCUGGACGAUCGGAACAACAUCUCGAAGCAGAUCUCAGCUCUGAUAUCGGAGCUGGAGGAGCAGAAGAAGGCAAACAGGCGCUUGCUGGAUUCCUUCGAGCUGUUGAAGAGCUCGGCUAUCAACAGAUUGUUUGAGAACGAGGAGAAGGACGGAGCAGCGGAAGCGAUCAUCAAGUCGCAGGAGAGCCGGAUCGCCGAGCUCAAGUCAGAGCUGGAGAGGUGCAGGUUGGAGGUGCAGGCAGGGAGAAUUCGCAUCCAGACCUUGGAAGACUUGGUCGUGGAGGCUCAAGCGGAAAUCAAGAGGAAGGAGGAAGUCAAGGGAGACAAGAAGUCUCCUAGGGCGCACGAGCACCUGUUCCCGGGCCCCGGCCAUUCCCUCUCCUUUCAAUUCCCCCGGGCCACUAGCCUGAGCAGGCUGGAGCAGGACGGCUGGGCGCUGGCAAAUACGGCUGCCUCCCCUCCCACUUCCACCCCCCUGAUGUCGGCGGAGGAUCGGUGGGCGCUGGAGAGAGCUCGGCUCCUUGACGAGCUGGCGGACACGAAGCUGGCUCUUGCCAAGCUGACGGAGGACUGCAACCUGUCUGCGCAGAUGACGCCGAAAGGCUCGUCGGAGAAGUACAACGGGGCCAGCGAAUCCCAUCACAAUGACCAACAUCAUGCAGAAGUAUCUCACCUCUCGUUGAGCUAG